CGAAACUGCUCUUUUUUUCAUACCAAUUAACUUGGCUUUGAAGCCCUCUCUUUGCUUCUUCAUCUUCCUUCCUUCCUUCUCUCUCUCUGUGCCUUUUAGAUUCUCUAAACUCAUUCCCCCCGCCCUCUCCUAACCCAAACAUCAUUCUUGUUCUCUGUGCUGAGGACACACGCGCGUACACGAGUUAGUCUUCAGAUGGGAUCCUGUGUCUCCUCUUCUCACAACACCAUCAAGACUUCCUCUAAUUCCGCCGCAAAGCUUUCGGCUCUAAUCUCUGAACCUGACACGACAUCCCCCGUUAAGAAUGACAUCAUAAAUCCGGCCACAAUCAAUGGGAACUCUUUCAUAGAUUCCGCUCCUCGGAAUUCCUCAGAGGAGAUCACGUUUUUCGAUUCAAGGGGGUGGCUUGAUUCUGACUGUGAAGAUGAUUUCAUGAGCGUUGAUGGUGAAUUUACGCCGUCACGAGGAACAACACCGGUACAUCACAAAUUCUGUGACCAAACUAAAGCAGAUGAGCAAAAAUAUAAAGAAGAACCGUCUCCAACAGACAACAAGAAGAGACUCAUCGAACUCUUCAAAGAGACGCAGGAUCAAGAUGAGGAUGACGUGGCAGAAGGCAAAGCAAGAGCAUGUCUCUGGCUAAGAACACCGGCCAGAUCUUCUGCACCGGCGACUCCUUAUAAUAAUGAUACAGAAAGACAACAACUCAAGAGAGUGAAAUCGGCGGCUCAAGGCGGCUGCGUUCUGCGUUUGGUUUCUUGUAACAGCUUCACUGAGCGGCGACGGAAGAUGAUGAAUCAUACCCCCGUUCACGUCCAACGCUAAGCCACCCCUCCUCCCUUCCUAAGAAAUCUUAAUUAAACUACUAUAUACGUUUAGCUUCUUAAUUUGUCCCCCCUAGUUUUUUUUUUAACGCUCUGACAAUGUUCUCUUCGUAGCUCAUAAUGCCUUAUUACAUUUGUGUAAUGCAAUGCCAUACAGAAUUUGAAGCUUGAUUCUAAAAUAAUAUAAACUCCAUUCCUAUUCAAUAUAUAA